AUGGCCGGUGUCCGCGUCUACCGUCGCAGACGCUACCACUGGCCCGAGCUCCAGCUCAACUUGUGGUUAAUCGUCGUGCUCUCCGCCAACGCUAUCUGUCUGGGGAUUUUUGCGUGGUUUAUGUCCGUUCAGAACGAACUCCAUCUGGAUAUUCCAUGGCUCUUCCCCUACAUGACCGUAACCGCCGCCCUAGGCCUCUUCUUCAUCAUUCUGAUCUACGUCCUCACCGCGCAACGCUUCCUCCUCCCGGGCAUCAUCAUCGUCGGGAGCUUCAUCCUCUUCGCCCUGUGGCUGACGGGUUUGAUCGAGACCAGUCUGCAGAUGUAUGGCGUUGUCGCCAACAUCGACAGUAACUGCCGGAAUUACAUCCUGACGAAAUCGCAUCCGACCGGCGAUAAUAUGGAGACGUUGGCGUGGUUGACGGAGAGUACUAUUUGUAACUGCUGGAGAACCGCUUUUGCGUUCGAAUUGAUCAAUACCAUCUUCUAUGCAUGGAUGAUGAUCAUGUCCUGGCAGGUUCAUCGGGAUAUCUAUCGCUGA